UAGGCUGAGAAAAAGACUUUUUUUAUUAUUCUUUUGGCAUCUAAAAAUGGCACCAAGAUAUUCUGCCAGCCUGAGAGGUCGCCUGCCAUGGGUACUUCUUCUGUUACAGUCACUUUUUAUACUUGUUUUUAUGGUCUUUUUCCCCCAAGGCUACAAAUUGGAAAAAAGUGUGAAUGGGUAUUCAGCAUUGCAAGAUGUGACUGUCAUGGUUUUCCUUGGACUUGGAUUCCUUUUCGGAUUCCUAAAAAUGUUUGGAUUUAGCGGAAUUGCUUUCAACUUUUUGAAUGCAGCAAUAGGAUUACAGUGGGCCAUUAUUUUAGAAACCUUAAUAUUUAAGAACUCCGGUGAAAUUCAAAGCAUUGGCAUAAACAGCUUAAGAAAAGGCCUAAUGAGCAUUUUUCCAGUCUUAAUCUCAUGUGGCGUAGUCUUAGGAAAAGUGAAUCCUCUACAGUUGGUUGUGAUGACAAUGCUUGAACUACCUAUAUUUACUGCAAACAGAUACAUUAUGAUACAUUAUCUUACGAUGACUAAUCAUAAUAGCAUGAUGCAUGGUCAUAUUUUUGGGGCAUAUUUUGGGCUUGCCGUGUCAUGGUCAAUGAUACCACCUUUAACUGGAAACAAGGCUAGUGAAGAGAAUGAGAAAUCUACACCCAUCUCACAACUUUUUUCCAUUUUGGGAACUCUAUUCCUGUGGAUGUUCUGGCCUUCAUUUAACUCUAUAACAUUGACUGAUCCCCACCAGUUAAGAAACGCUGUCUACAAUACAUUUUUCGCUCUGGCCACUAGCACUGUCACAGUGUUUUCUGUAUCUGCACUACUGCACCAGGAGGGGAAAUUUAAAAUGGCCAAUGUCCGAAAUGCAAUACUGGCAGGUGGGGUUUCAGCUGGAUUUAUAGCUCAUAUGGUUCAGUAUCCAUGGAUUUCCAUGGCCCUAGGAUUAAUAGCUGGAAUAGUCUCCACAACUGGCUUUACAUACCUACAGAACACUAUGAAUUUAAUCACAUUGGUACACGAUACAUGUGGAAUUCACUAUACUUUUGGAAUGCCGGGACUUCUUGGAGGUAUAGCCUAUACAGUCAUAAUCCUAACGGCAGACAUUGACAUAUCAAUAUCAAGAUUUCAAGCACUUGUUGGUGUUGGCUGUAUCCUUCUAACAUUGAUGCUAAGCCUAGGUGGUGGAAUUCUUACAGGUCUCCUGCUUAAAUGUAAGCUACUGAGGCCACCAAAGGAAUGGCAUUUCUUUCAUGAUCAGUCAUAUUGGGAGUUUCCCCAUGUGGACUCCCAUAUCUGACCAGGAUUACAGAUGACCCCCACAGCUGUCUAUCUUAACAAUUUUCUCAAUCUAUAUUUAUAAUAUAUAAUCAAAAAUGCAACUGCUGGGUUUAAAAUAACAGUGACUAUAAUCUAGACUACAUUAUGUAGGCAUUUUUUAUUAAAGACGUUUUAGGAUAACUUAACAAGGUUUUCCACCUUUUACCCACCCACCACCGCGACCAAUUAGCUGUUUCUGCAGAAGCUCCCAGUGCUAGAACCAUAACAGCUGAUGGAUCUGGACGCAGAAUGCUCAGUCUACUAUGUAGUAAAGUAGCUGUAAUACAAAAUUGGUUAUGUUAGCGGCUCACCCCUUUUCUUGCUCUGGAUAAAGAUGCUCUGGCUCUAUGACUCACCCCGUCAAACCUAGUUAUAUGUAUUAUUGUAGACAGGCACUAUCCAGAGACAUCAGAUUCAUGUCAUCCAUAUAUUCUUUAAUUAUAGCAAAUAUAAAGGACUAUAUAUACACAGCACAAGACAGCUGCAUAUCCUAAGCUGGCCCUGGCCCAGUCUACACAGCAAAGCUGACACAAGAACUGCACGAUACAGGAAAUAGCCUAUGGUGUGUUCUGUUAAGGCUAGGUAAAAUAAAUAGAAGACAACACAAGACAAGUGGUGUUGUUCACACCAAGUCUUUAUGUAAAAAAUUAUUACUUUCCCAUAAUUGUGACAAAUAUAAGGUGGGACAGGUUACAACAGUAUACAUAUACAUAAGGAGUACAUAGGGAGGUGGCUAGCAGCCAUGUGCCUCUGGUGCCUUGGCAGCACAUACUGAUACAGGCCUUUGUCAAAAUCUGCAUAUUUAGGGCUCAUGCACACUACAGUUUGCCCUCCGAGACAUACGGUCCAUAUAUCCCGGAGCAGCAAACAUCAUGCGCACAGCAUCAUAGGUUACUAUGAUACUGUGCGCAUCGGGCCGCCCGCAGGACUAUUGUCCUGCUCUUAUAUGAUCAUAUGAGUGUAGGACAAUAGUCCCACGGGCGGCCCGAAGUGCACAGUAUCAUAGUAACCUAUGACGCUGUGCGCUCCCGUCGCACGAUGUAUGCCGCUCCGGGACAUAUGGCCCGCUCACGGACCGUAUGUCUCGGAGGGCAUACAGUCGUGUGCAUGAGCCCUGAUUAUGAAGGAAAGGCUAGCUACAACUGUACAUAUAUUUAUAUUCAGAUCUGAAAAGAGGAAUGGGGUUAAUUUUAGUUAGUGUGUGUAGUUGUAGUUUCACAACCGGUGGAUUUCCAGAGAUGGCUUCCAUUCCGUGGCAAUAAUGCUACUUCCUGUUCAUUCUGCUUGCCUUUUUUCAUAUGGACAGGAGACAAAGUGGCACAGCACUUUCCUAGGACCCCCACCAAUCAGACACUGAUGAUAAAUUUCCCCCGACCUAUCAAACAUCCUGGUGGUAUUAUCUAUGAUGAGAUAACCUUUUUAAAGAGGCUCUGUCACCUGGUGCAAGCAUAUCUUACUUAGCAUAUAGCCAAGUAGGGCUGAUAACGCUGACAAAAAUAUGCUAAUGAGCAAAAGGAGCACUCGGAGGAAUAAGCACUCCGAGCACUGCUUCUGUGACACCCAUGUAAUUAUACUGCCGCCCUUAUUCUAAUAAUCACACCACCAAUCCCUUUCACUGACAGCACUAGACCCCCUGGUCUAGCGAUGAGAACCCUCGCCUGUGCACUCGCAUCUAUGACGGCGUGUGCGCACUAGAGGAAUACACUAGCCAAGAGGAAUGGGAAAUGUCCAGUGCGCGCGCGCCGCAGUGGGUCUAGCGCUGUCAGUCAAAGGGAUUGGGGGUGUGAUUAUUAGAAGGGCGGCAGUAUAAUUACAUGGGCGUCACAGAAGCAGUGCUCGGAAGGCUUAAGCCCGACUCCGAGUGCUCCUUUUGCUCAUUAGCAUGUUUUUAAAAGUAGAUUUUCCUGCCAAACCAGACCUAAUAGAAGAAGAAGAAAGGUAUGCUUUUUGUCAGCGUAAUCAGCCCUACCUGGCUAUAUGCCAAGUAGGGUAUGCUAGCACCAGGUGACAGAGCCUCUUUAAGUAACUUUUUAGCUGUAACUACUUUUCAUGCAUAUAAUAGGAAUCAUUUGUAUUAUUAUUUUAAUAACAUUUUUUCUAUGACUUUAUAAUGUGUUUGAUUUUUUUUCCUUAACAUUCACUGUAGCUUUGUUUUUCUCCAUGUUGGUCUUUCUCUUGGAAUUGUGUAUUAUAUAAUGCAACAAAAUCUGACUAUAAUAUUAUAUAUAUAUAUAUAUAUAUAUAUAUAUAUACACACACACACAUAUAUACGUAGAGAGUCAUAAAACAACUUUUAAUAAAAAUAUCCAAAAGGCCCAAAUUAAACUCACACCACAGCAACACAAAUUUCUUUAGAGAAUUCAGGAACAUGUGUAUGGUAUAGCUCCAAUGCAGAAGUCAAAGAGUGGAGAUAUGCAGCAGGUAUAGUUAGUCCCUAUGUGGUUUCUAGAAGAACCUAAUCUUUUCUCUUAGUCUAGUCCCUGAGGCCUCGGGCAGGAACCUUGCCGUCCUGGUAUGUCUAUACCAGGCAUGCUCAACCUGCGGCCCUCCAGCUGUUGCAAAACUACAACUCCCAGCAUGCCCGAACAGCCUAUAGCUAUGAGCAUGGCAUUGCGGGAGUUGUAAUUUUACAACAGCUGGAGUGCCACAGGUUGAGCAUGCCUGGUCUAUACUAUAUCUUUAUAAUAAGAUCCCAAACCAGUUUAAACACCAGUACUGGCUUUUAUUAAACACUUUAUUUAUUCUUACAAAAUCCAUACAUAGAAACCACAGAGUAUUUGUGUUAAAACUAAAAGUGCAAGGACUUGUAUAAAGUUAAUAACAGCUUACAAUACAAGUAUUCGUCCAACAUUCAUAGUAGCAAAGAGGUUGGGGUCUGAAAAAAGUCAUAUGGGAAUGUGCAAAGCGAUGUAAUGUGUGGGUGUUCUUUAUUGCCAUAAAUCUUCAGUCCGACCAAACUUGAAAACCAGCCCCCUGUAA